AUGAUGUCAUACCUCAAACAACCCCCCUAUAGCAUGAAUGGAUUGGGGCUCACGGGACCCGCCAUGGAUCUGCUGCACCCAUCUGUGGGGUACCCAGCCACCCCUCGGAAGCAGCGCCGGGAGCGCACCACCUUCACGCGCUCCCAGCUGGACGUCCUGGAGGCGCUGUUCGCCAAGACGCGAUACCCGGACAUCUUCAUGCGGGAGGAGGUGGCCCUGAAGAUCAACCUGCCGGAGUCCCGCGUUCAGGUCUGGUUUAAGAACCGCCGCGCUAAGUGCCGGCAGCAACAGCAACAGCAGAGCAGCACCGCGGGGGCCAAGAGCCGGCCGGCCAAGAAGAAGUGCAGCCCCGCCCGGGAGAGCUCUGGAUCGGAGAGCAGCGGUCAGUUCACCCCACCCGCAGUGUCCAGCUCCGGCUCUUCAUCCUCCUCCUCCUCCUCCACCUCUUCCAUCUGGAGCCCCGCCUCUAUCUCCCCAGGACCCGGAAGCGCCUCUUGCAUGCAGCGCUCCGGCUCUUCUUCUGCGGCUUCCUAUCCCAUGUCCUACAGUCAAGCUGCCGGGUAUACCCAGGGCUACCCGGCCCCAUCUUCCUCCUACUUUGGGGGAGUGGAUUGUAGUUCUUACCUGGCACCGAUGCACUCUCACCAUCACCCCCAUCAGCUCAGCCCUAUGGCCCCUUCCUCCAUGUCCAGCCACCACCAUCAUCAUCACCAUCACCUGAGCCAGACCGGCUAUGCCAGCACAGGACUACCAUUCAACUCCUCUGACUGCCUGGACUACAAGGACCAGACAGCCGCCUCCUCCUGGAAACUUAACUUUAACUCCACCGACUGUCUGGACUACAAAGAUCAGGCAUCCUGGAGGUUCCAGGUCUUGUGA